CCAACUUAGUUAUGUGUUGAUCGCUGUUUAGAUUGAACGUAAAAGUUUAAAGUGUUCUUGUUUUGUUAAAUAUCAAAGUUUUUAAAAAUGGAGGAUUGUUGUACUCCAACUUGUGUACAACCGAUGGAAUUCAAGUUUAAUUGUCCAGCUGCUAAAUGUAGUGACUUGGAUCAAUUGCAGAGCAGUCGUCACCUUACAGUCAAAAACAUUCAACAGCGUUGUUUCACGCCAAAUCUAGACGGCUUCAAAUCACCAGGCAUGUCGCCUAUUGAUGAUGCUAUAAUUCAAAGUGUAGAAAAUCCUAACACUCCAAUGCUGCAUACUUCUUUAAAUCCACUCGACCAUUUGAAGUCAGUUAAAUUCUCUUAUAAUGCUUCGUCAAGUUUUCAUAAAUAUGAUGAUCCCGACAAUAAUUCUAUACCCCAAAUUGUUAUUUCUGAUACAAAUUUGAACAACGUUUUAAAUAAUACACUUAAUGUUGCGCUAUUGCUAAAGAGUGUCGGCCUAGAGGAAUAUUCCGAUAAAUUUGAAAGCUGCGGUAUUACUCUAGAACAAUUUUUAAAUAUACAGAAAAAGGAAUUGGAUGCUAUUGGCUUGAAUUCUGAUGAACAUUGCAAUAUCAUUAUGGAUUUCCUAACAAAACUGAGAUCUAAUUGAGCAAUGCUGAACAU